UUACCAUCAUCUAUGAUCAUCGUUCACAACAACCCUAAUUAGGCUUCUGCAAAUUAGGGUAGAGAUCGAACGAAAAAAAUGGGAUUGAAGCCCAAAAGAGCAAUGCACGAAAUCUCGAUGGUGUCUCUCAUCCUUUGUUUCAUCAUCAUCCUAGCAAAGCCCCACACCUCUCAUGCCCAAAACACCCAACAAGAGUACCUUGACGCCCACAACAUGGCUCGCUCCGAGGUGGGCGUGGGAGGUUUGGUAUGGGACGACACUGUCGCCGCUUAUGCCCUAAACUACGCCAACCAAAGGGCCGGCGACUGCGCCAUGAUGCACUCCAAUGGACCAUACGGCGAGAACCUCUUCUCUGGUUACGGCAAAGAGUGGACCGCCACCGACGCAGUGAAUUCUUGGGUCUCGGAGAAGGCCUACUACGAUCACGCCUCAAAUUCUUGCGCUCAGGGUCAGGUGUGCGGGCACUAUACACAGGUUGUGUGGCGGAACUCAGUUAGCCUUGGCUGUGCUAGGGUUCAGUGCAGUAAUGGCUGGUGGUUCAUCACUUGCAACUAUAAUCCCCCCGGCAAUGUUAAUGGCCAAUCCCCAUACUAGAUAUGCUUGCUUCUGUUUCAACAUCUGCAUAUAUAUAUAUAUAUAUAUAUAUGCAUGUUAGUUCCUAUAUAUGAUAAAUAAGAUUUGAAUCGUCCGCAAGGUGGCAGCCCACCUUACUUUGGUUUGAAUCUUUCAACA